GACAAACUGGGAAACACACUAGCAUUCCAACAACACCAGCUACAGAACGCUGCUCACGUGCAACAGUCAAGACCAAAGCAGAGGACAUUCUCCAGGAUCUUGGACACAGAAAGCUUCAACUGACUUUCUAUAACCAUGGCAAAGGUUUUCAAGAAGACCAGUGGAAAUGGUUCGCUUUGCCUUUAUUUGGGGAAAAGAGACUUUGUGGACCAUGUGGAAAGUGUUGAUUCAGUUGAUGGGGUGCUCAAGAUUGAUCCUUCAGAUCUUAAUGGAAGGAAAGUCUGGGUACAGCUUGCAUGUGCCUUCCGCUAUGGAAAAGAUGAUCUGGAUGUGAUUGGAGUUUCCUUUAGGAAAGACAUCUGGAUAAAGCGCAUACAGAUGUAUCCCUUUGAGGGAACCAAGCCCCCAAAUACACCAAUGCAGGAAGCGCUUCUGAAGAAAGCUGGAGAUCAAGGACAUCCCUUCACUUUUGAUGUAAAUCUAAACUUAUGCGUCUGCUUAAGCAUUGAAAAAAACAAUCAAGGACGUCCUUCAUUUGUGUCUCUCCCUGUUCUGUCUCAGAUUCCAAUACAUCUUCCAUGCUCAGUGUCCCUUCAGCCAGCACCAGAGGAUGCCGGGAAGCCUUGCGGGGUUGACUAUGAAGUCAAAGCCUACAUUGCAAAUGAAGCAGACAGCAUAGAUGAGAAAGUUGAGAAGAAGGACACUUGCCGUUUGAUCAUCCGCAAAAUACAAUAUGCACCAAAUGAGAUAACAGCCGGACCCAAGGCCGAUCUCAACAAACAGUUUAUGACGGCGGACAAACCAAUUCACUUGGAAGCCUCCAUGGAGAAGGAGCUCUACUAUCACGGCGAUCCCAUUCCUAUCAAAGUCAAAGUGAACAAUGAGACCAGUAAAGUAGUGAAGAAAGUCAAAAUCAGUAUUUACCAAAUUACAGAUGUAUUGCUUUACUCAGCUGACAAAUACCACAAAUGUGUCCUGAAUGAAGAAUUUGGUGACCAAAUUAAUGCAAACUCCACCUUUGAGAAGGAAUAUAGUGUCACUCCUCUCCUGGCCAAUAACAAAGAGAAACGUGGCCUUGCACUGGAUGGCAAACUGAAAGAUGAAGAUACCAACUUGGCUUCUUCAACAAUUCUGCAACCCGACAUGGAUAAGCAAAUCCAAGGUGUCAUUGUCUCCUACAAAAUAAAGGUUACCCUCGUGAUGGGAGGUGGUCUCUUGGGAAGCCUCACAUUAAGUGAUAUUACCGUUGAACUCCCUCUGGUUCUAAUGUCACCCAAACCAGCAGAAGUGACUGAUAUCAACCUCGAAUAGAUUCUACAGCCAGUGACGGUGAGGAGCAAGUCGAGAUACACUCAGGAAUAGAUGCCGAUACCAAACAACCCCAUUUCAUGAGCCAUAGACGAAUUGUUGCAAAUAACUGUGUAAAAGGAAUGAUCUUGUAUAAUGUUAAACAAGGCCUAAAGGCUUUGUAUGAUGAAUUCAAUGGCACUGAAGCAUUGGUUUGAUGCUUUUUAAUUUAUUUCUUUUUUUUUUUUAUAUAUAUAUAUAUUUAUUUUAAUUUUUUUUGUUUUUUGUUUAUUUCUUCUGCCUUUUAUCAUGGAAACUCAGUUUAAUAGUGUUUUAGGUUAUUUUUGUAUGUGAAUUAGAUAUGUAAAAUAUCAGAGAGUAAUACAUUUACUUUUAUAAUAAUUAUAUUAUUAUAAUUGUAUAUUUAAUUUUAUUUUUGUUGUAAAUUGUUUUUGUCUGGCUGUGGUGAUGGUGGAAAUCAAUAAAAAAAAAUUGGACUGUUA